AUGGAAGAAGCCGAUCCGUGUAUGGACUUGUAUCAAGUCCCUUCUUUUGUUGGAAGAGAGGAGGAACUGGGGGAGAUUGAUCGUGCCGUGGAUGGCAAUAAAAACACAAUGGGGUCAGCGGUAGUGAUCCUAGGUAUGGGCGGUUUGGGAAAGACGCAACUCGUUCACGAAUACUGCCGACGCUCUUUGGAAUCCGGCAAAUUCCAAGCCACUUUUUGGCUCGAUGCCUCUAGCCGGGAGUCUCUGCUGAGCAGCUACGAGAAAAUCGCAUCUCGAAUGACCCUUCCUGGAACCAGUUCCGAACAGGCAGAAUUAGUAGACCGAGUUAAAAAUGAAAUAUCGGGACUGGAUAUUCCCUGGGUGGCGGUGUUGGACAAUUUCGACUUCCCAUCUCGCAUUCCUGACAUCGGAGCAUUUAUACCGAUGGUACCUGCGCAACUUGGAACGGUCUUGGUAACAAGUCGCCAUCGGGGUGUAACUUGCUCGAAAGGUACCACCAUACUCCUGAACCAAAUGACGCAACAAGAAGCUUUGGACCUGUUUUUCCAACGACUAGGCUAUGAAAGAACCGAAGCCAGUCAAGCCCAGGCGAUUACCAUUCUUGGCCGAUUCGGGUCCUUGCCCUUGGCUAUAGAGCAAACAACCACCUUUAUCAAAACUCGACAACUUUAUCUCGCCACCUUCUUAGACCAAUACAAAACAUUCUCCAGAGAUGAGAUGUGGACGUCUGUCCCAUCUUGGUGGUGGGAUCGAAACACGCACCAAAGGGCAGGCUCAAAUGUAUACUUCAGUGUUCGGACAACUUUCGAACUUUCACUCCAGGAGACAGAGAAGGUCGUUAGUGGCUGUGAAGAUAUUUUGUCAUUUUUUGCAUUUUUUCACUCGUCCAAGCUUUCCGACGAGAUGGGAGUCGCGGCGGUUGACGCUGCAGAUGGUCAAAUGGAGCAUCUUUCAUGGGCGCAAAGUUGUCUGACAGAUGGUCUUUGGGACUCCAGCAAAUUUCGUGACAUGUUGUACUCGUUGCGUGCAAUCUCCCUCGUGCAGGAAUUCGAGGAUAGCUCCGGUUUCGUGUGUUUAUCUCUUCAUCCAGUGAUCAGAGAAUGGCUUCAAAUGAGACUUGGGGCGUCCCGGCGAAGUAUGUUUCUCAAAGCGGCGAUUGACGCCCUCACUGCCCUACUCCGGAAACAAUUCAAAAAUAUGGAUGUUUUGCCAUUUAGUCGCCGGCAGUGGCUACUAGCUCAUAUUGAAACCCUCAUUGAACACACGAACGAAACAAUCUCACAAGAAUUGAGUUACGAUUCAGUUGACACAAUGCUGAUGUUCGCCGCUUUCCUUGUCAAAUUUGAGCGAUAUGAGCUUGCUGAGAGACUUUAUUGCCAGGCAUUAGCGGCAGCCCGGGAAGAAAACCAUGAACCGUCUUAUUCCAAUCCCAGAGUGGCCUACAUAUAUGACCAGCUUGGUGGUUGCUUUUUCGAUCAGGUGAAAUAUCCCGAAGCUCGAGAUAUGUUUCUUCAAGCGAUCAAAACAAAAACAUCCACUCAGGGCAAAAACGAUCCUUCAGUCUUGAAAUCCAUGAAACAGCUUGGCACAGUCUACCGAAGGAUGGGACUACACGCAGCAAGCGCGAGGCUGUUGGAGUAUGUGGUCAAAAGAAUGUGGGAACUCAACGGAUCCAACGACACCCAGUACCUACAAGCAGCAAGCAAUUUGGCCGCCUUGUAUUUUGAUCAAGGUCACUUCCAGAAGGCGAUGGAACUUGUACAGCAAAUACUGAAUGCAAAAUUGGAGAACUGGGGAGAAUGUAACUCGACAUGCGCCACGAUGCGGUCUCUUGCACUCAUCAAGCUGGAAAUUGGAGACGACAUCGAGGCGGAGAGCCUUCUUUUACGUGCGUUAUUUGGACAGGAAAGGUUUCUGGGGCCAAUGCAUGCCAGUACGCUUUACACUGUGGAUUUGCUCGAGAAUCUGUAUGUGAGAUUGAAGAACGAGGAGGGCGCAAAGAAGAUGCGGGCCAAGUCUCAAGGGGAAGUAGGCUCAGGCAUUCUUCGAUCUUCGAGAUAUGGCACCAUUGAAAUUUGA